AGUUAAAAAGAAUUCGUCAAAAAGAAUAGUUGAUGUGAAUGAGAAAAAUAACUGUGUGAAUAAACAAACGAUCUGACGAAGAAACAAAAAGUGAUUCAAAGUAAAAGUUUCAAAAUAAACACAAUAACUAUGUUAAGAACUUUAAAAUCGUAUUUGAAAAUCAUCUAUUUAAUUAUUGCAAUAUGUAGCAUAGUUACUCCCUCAUCAGCGGGACCGCCAUCACCACGAAUUAUAAACGGUACGGAAGCAACGGUUGAACAUGCAAAGUUUCAAGUUUCCAUAAGACUGAAACGUUACGAUACUACCUUCGGUAAUGGCCACAUAUGUGGAGGUGCUCUUGUGGGACUCAAUAAAGUCUUGACUGCCGCACACUGCCUUUACGAUGCUGAUAAGAAACGUUACCGUAAAGCGCAUGAAUUCAUAGUUGUUAUGGGUACCUUGAAUCGUUAUCAACGCGUUAAUGGCACUAUUGUUUCCCAUGUCAAGUCCAUUGCAUAUAUGAAUACAUUUAGUAUGGAUACCAUGCGCGACGAUAUUGGUUUAAUGUUUUUAAAAACAGGGUUGCCUGUUAAUAAAACACACCUGACGAUCGCCGCAAUAGCCUUGGCAAAUACGUCCACACCAGCAGGAGUAUCAUGUCAAGUAUCCGGAUGGGGUAAAACAGAGCGGGGCUCUUUAUCGCCGACAUUACGUGUUGCAAAUGUAACAACGAUAUUGAAAAGCGUCUGUUCAAUAUCGUAUGGCAGUGGUUUAUUAAAUGGUAUGAUAUGUGCGGGUUAUAUUUUAGGAGGUACCGACUCCUGUCAAGGAGACUCCGGAGGACCAUUAGUGUUUAAUAACACAUUAAUUGGUAUAGUGUCAUGGGGAUCAGGAUGUGCGCAGCCAGGAUACCCAGGAGUUUACGCUGAUGUCCACUAUUAUAACAAAUGGAUUGCGGAACGCAACUCGGGUAAAAGGAAAACGCCCAUAUUCUCCAUUUUAGUGUUAACUAUGUUUAUAUCUAUGUAUGUGUAAUAAAUUAUUUUAGUUUUAUGUAAAUAAUAGAACCAUUUUAUUUAAACAAAUUAUUAAA